CUGAAAUGACUACAAGCGGCAAGUUACCGCGCGGCGGUGUGAAAGCCUCUUAACGUUAUUGAACAUACCCUGGCAGAUUAGCUAGUCACACAUGGAACUCUGACCAAAACAAACUUAAUGCUAGAGGGAUAGAUAUUUGGCUUUGGAGUCUGAUUUUCUAAUUUUUUUUCUCCAAAUGUCGACGCGAUUAAACAAGAAGUGUGAGGAGACAUGAUAUAUUAGGUGGAUUGGAGAAUAACAGGGCGUGUAUUAGCUUCAACCAGUUGUUAGCUAAAAUGCUAUCGUCACGGUAAGCUAACAGAAGCCGUUAGCUGACGUUAAAGGUAACGGUAUGACAGACAACCAAAUAGCCGCUGGGAGUAAAAGCAGUUGCCUGCCCUAUCAGCCCACCAAUUUUAAGCUGGCUUUCCAACUAGUUAGUUAGCUAGGUAGCUAGUUAGAGUAAACAUAUACUCUAAUAACUCGUUUUCUUCGUUGCCUUUUACUGCCUGAACUAACAACUCCAGUAUGGGGAUGUGCUUACCGUGCCUUGGUGGAGCAGCGGACGACGUUGUUGUCACUCCAGAUCCAGACACAAGGAGACGACAGUUAGCCGAGGCCGCUGAGAAGAGACAAAAAGAGACAACAUACAGAGGUGUUAAAAAUCCAGAAGCUGUCGAGAGGAAAAAGAAAAAACAGGAAGAGAUUGAAAAACAGGCGAUGACAACAUCUGUUUCUGGUGGUGGGGGUGGCGGGUUGAAGUGGCAAGUUGGCUGAAAAUGAAGAUGAAGUCUUGACUCUGAAGUCCAAAACAACCUGAAAUAGAUGACAAGAUAACUUGAAAGAUGUUUGAACUGCUGUCCAGUUCUUUAAAUUUUUGUGUGUGCUUAUUUUAUGACGUUCUGAGACAAACAGCUACAGUUGUUAUGGUUUCUGACAGAACAGCUGGACAUGGACAGACAGAGACAUGCAAGCAAAUACAGAUGCUACUGUAGUAGUUUUCUUGGACAAUUGAUAAUAAAGCCUUACAGUGAACAGCAUAAGAUAACACAAAAGGUAAUGAUUACUAAGUCCAGCAGUAUCUCUGGUGACUAUUGUCAUAUUAAGACAAAUCUGUCCUACAACGCGUUUCAGCUUUUUCACUACAGUGCUUUUGGUUUUCAUAGUGGAGAAUGUUUAAAUACACCAUGAUCACAUUACUUUUUGUAUGACUUCUCCAAAAAUCUGUUAUGCAAAUGACAAAUUUCACAAGUAAAACUGAGUUUAUGUUUACAUACAGUCAAAAAGCACCUAUUUAACAGUAAUUUUACCUUAUCUAGCGCUCUAUUUGUUGGCAAGACUCAUGCAAACAGUGCUACAACUUGUUGAUUUGUACUAGACUUGUAAUGUGCUUUGCCUGUCCCUGGGCUGUUUACAUGACCAGUGCAGUGCUUAUGUCACAUGGGAGUCCGUUGUUGAGGAAGGCAAUGCUAGGGAUUGUGUUUUUGACAUUGUGUAGAGAAUAUGCUUGACAACAAAGUCUGUACUCGGUGCAACGUCAUAUUGUGACUAAAUUGGUGAUUCAGUACAGAUACUACACACAUGACAAAAUAUGCAGCAGCUGCAGAUUGCUGCCGAUAAAUAUAUGAGAACACUAAAACAUUCUCCAACCUGGAAAAAUGAAAAGGAUGUUCACUAGGAAACAUUAAUGACUGUAAACAAGGCCUAUUGCACUAGUCUUUGCCAUUACUCCUUUUGAAAAAAAGCCCUUUUUUUCUCAGCACAAUUUGAGUUUGUUGCAUUGAAUUAUGAUGUAUGCAGAACACUGAUGUGAUGCCUGCUUAAUUUAAAUUUUGUGAAAUUUGUUUGUGGAUUGCCGUAUUAUAAACAGAAGCUUUUGUUAGACAUCUCUUUGCACAGUUUUUCAACAUUUGGUACACAGCCAACAUGCUCGCCCAUAAGAGAUUCAUGUCAACUAAAAUGGAAAUAGGAAAAAAACUGAAGGAAUAGAACAAGUGAAGUGUGUACUGUAUGCAGUGAAGUAUUUACUUUGACUUGCUUAAUUGAGUGCAUUUUUAAGCCUUCACUUGAUCCUUAGAUGCUUCUGAAGCUCUCUGCAUUUUGUACACGAAAUUUGCCAAUGUUAUUUGCUACAAUAAAUCACAUUUCUGCUA